AUGUACGUCGACAUUCCGCGACUUCUCUUAAUGGUCUGGGCGAUUGUCCAGCCUGCUGUGGUGGCGCAGGAUUUCCCAUGUUCCGCGCAAAACUGCUAUAAGAACUGUGUUGCGGAAAGUGACGCAUGUCUGGAAGACUGUAGGGAGGAGGCGGCGCGCAUCCGGAAUCAAAGGCAGGCGGGAAUCUUCUGGCGGCGUUGCCGCUGGGGAUGUGACAGGGAGAUUGCGAAUUGCUUCUCCAAGGACUGCAAGGACCUAUGCCCGCCCAAACUCGAGGCCACCUACGAUAUCUGCAGCAAUGACUGCCUCCAGAGUGCCUUGGCGGGCCUCGACAGAUGCGCCCAGAACAGACGCCCUCUCGACUUCUGCGUUCCCAACAACAACGAGGUCUUCAAAGACUGCGAGGAGACUUGCAGUAAACUAUAUCCCACCGAACAGCCAACGCAGGCGCCUGCCACUGCCACCACGGCGCCUGCAGCAACGGCAAAUCCACCGCCCCCUCCACCUCCACCACCCACUGAUGCAACGGAUGGAUCGUUUGAGAGAUGUGGGACAAUCGACAGAUACUUAGAGGCAUCUGGCGUAUGCCUGGGGCCAUGCCUUUUCAAUCUCUGUCUCAAUGAACAGAAGUGCAGCGGGGUGACUGAGGAGGCGGCAAACAGACAGUGUGCCAGCGAUGGCAUCAAGGCUUAUGAAUCUUGUGUACACGCGUGUCAAUCUUAG